UUAGUUAGUUUGUGGCGCGUCGUUGUAACACAUUCAUUGUGUGUUGUCGCUUCCGUUUUUCAGGAAAAUUGCUGUCAUUCGAUGAAAUUCAGCAAGAUGAAUAUCACUUCAGCAGCUGGUAUAAUCUCCUUGUUGGAGGAACCUAUGCCCGAAUUGAAGGUUUUUGCCUUAAAAAAAUUGGAUAUGAUAGUUGAUGAAUUCUGGCCUGAGAUUUCUGAAGCCAUAGAAAAGAUUGAGAUCUUGCAUGAAGAUAAAUUGUUUCAACAACAUGAACUGGCCGCUCUAGUUGCUAGCAAAGUAUAUUAUCAUUUGGGAAGCUUUGAAGAUUCAUUGACUUAUGCCCUUGGAGCAGGAGAGUUGUUUGAUGUCAAUGCUCGAAACGAAUAUGUCGACACUACUAUUGCUAAGUGUAUUGAUUAUUACACCCAGCAACGUGUCCUGGAAGCAGAAGGAAAACUUCCAUCAGGCAGCAAAGGCAUUGAUCCUAGAUUAGAGGGAAUAGUGAAUCGAAUGUUUCAACGUUGCUUGGAUGACAAUCAAUAUCGCCAGGCACUAGGUCUUGCUCUGGAGACACGCAGGAUGGAUAUAUUUGAAGCAGCCAUUAUGCAAUCUGACGAUGUGAGCGGUAUGUUAUCGUAUGCCUUCCAAGUGGCUAUGAGUUUAAUUCAAAAUCGUGGAUUUCGCAAUACUGUUCUUCGCUGCUUGGUCAGCCUCUACCGAAACCUCGGAACUCCUGAUUACGUCAAUAUGUGUCAAUGUCUGAUUUUCUUGGAUGAUCCAUUAGCCGUAGCCGAGCUUCUAGAUCGACUGAGCAAGGGUUCGCAUGAUUGCGUGAUGAUGGCUUAUCAGAUUGCCUUCGAUUUAUAUGAAUCUGCAACGCAACAAUUCCUGGGACGUGUUCUGCAGGCUCUGCGAGCCACUGCGCCUAUUCCAGGCGCGUUAAUGGUUAAACCAGUGGUUAAACCUACUGCUACCACCACCACCACCAUCACCACCACUACUACCACCACCACCACCACCACCACCACCACCACCACUACCACUACCAAAACUACUGAAGCCAGUACCGAGUCCACGAACAUGGAAGUCGAUGAGGAAACAACUGCUCCCAGUGAGGAAGAAAAGGCUCAGCGUAGCGUCGAAAGUUUGAAUGCAGAGGAGAAAGAGCAACAACAGCGUGUGGAUUCUCUGUCCAGAAUUUUAGGUGGCGAAAUUUCUAUUGAUUUGCAUCUACAAUUCUUGAUUCGUAGCAAUCAUACCGACAUGCUGAUUCUGAAAAAUACUAAGGAUGCUAUAAGAGUCUCAAUUUGUCACACUGCCACUGUUAUUGCGAACGCUUUCAUGCAUUCGGGAACAACAAGCGAUCAAUUUUUGAGGGAUAAUUUGGAAUGGUUGGCUCGUGCUACUAAUUGGGCUAAGCUGACUGCGACGGCUUCUUUGGGAGUUAUUCAUCGAGGUCACGAGCAGGAAGCUUUAGCUUUAAUGCAAUCUUAUUUGCCGAGAGAUUCUGGUGCCGCUGGUGCCGGAUAUUCUGAAGGUGGUGGUUUAUAUGCUUUGGGACUUAUACAUGCUAAUCAUGGGGCCGCUAUUACGGAUUACCUUUUAGGCCAAUUAAAAGAUGCCCAGAAUGAGAUGGUCCGUCAUGGUGGCUGUCUCGGUCUUGGAUUAGCCGCGAUGGGUUCACAUAGACAGGACGUUUAUGAACAAUUAAAAUUUAACUUAUAUCAAGAUGAUGCCGUAACUGGUGAAGCGGCUGGAAUUGCAAUGGGUAUGGUCAUGCUGGGAUCUAAAUCAACGCAGGCAAUCGAGGAUAUGGUUGCGUAUGCCCAAGAGACGCAGCAUGAAAAGAUCUUGCGUGGUCUGGCGGUCGGCAUUGCUUUCACGAUGUACGGCCGCCUCGAGGAAGCUGAUCCCCUGGUGACGUCCUUAUGCGCAGACAAGGAUCCGAUUCUACGUAGAAGCGGCAUGUACACCCUGGCGAUGGCCUACUGCGGCACCGGAAACAAUCAGGCCAUCCGCAAACUUCUGCAUGUUGCCGUCUCUGAUGUUAACGAUGACGUUCGACGAGCCGCGGUUACGGGUCUGGGCUUCCUGCUGUUCCGAACUCCGGAACAAUGUCCUAGUGUGGUGUCUCUCUUAGCGGAAAGUUACAACCCUCAUGUGAGGUAUGGUGCUGCGAUGGCCUUGGGUAUCGCCUGCGCGGGUACCGGCUUGAAGGAAGCUAUCGCUCUGUUGGACCCAAUGACUAAUGACCCUGUGAAUUUCGUCAGGCAAGGUGCUCUGAUCGCCUCUGCCAUGAUUUUGAUACAACAGACAGAAGCCACGUGUGCUCGCGUUAAAGAUUUCAGGGCCUUAUAUGCGAAAGUUGUUGUGGAUAAACACGAGGACGUGAUGGCCAAGUUCGGAGCAAUUCUGGCGCAAGGAAUUAUCGACGCCGGUGGCCGUAACGUGACAGUGUCUUUGCAAUCGCGUACCGGACAUACGAACAUGCUGGCUGUGGUCGGUGCCCUGGUGUUCACUCAAUAUUGGUACUGGUUCCCAUUGGCACAUUGCUUGGCUCUGGCUUUCACGCCCACAUGUAUGAUCGCUCUGAACGCUCAAUUGAAAAUGCCCAAAUUGGAGAUUAAGUCUAACGCUAGGCCGAGCGUAUACGCUUACCCCGCACCUCUCGAGGAAAAGAAGAGGGAGGAACGAGAGAAGGUCACUACCGCUGUUCUUAGCAUUGCCGCUCGUGCUAGGAGACGCGAGACCGAGAGAAAGGCCAGGGAUUCCCACGAGAAGAUGGAAGUGGAUCCGCCUUCAGAGACUUUGCCAAAGGAGCUUCAGGAAGUGAAGGAAGCUGCAUCGUCUUCGAAGGAGAAAGAUGAUAAGAAGAAGGAUGAGAAAGAACCCGCUAAGGAAUCCAAGGAGAAGCCGGAGAAGAAGGUAGCUAAAGAUGAAGAGAAAGAAAAGGAGCCUGAGCCGAGUUUCGAGAUCCUUCAGAAUCCUGCGCGAGUUUUGCGUCAGCAAUUGAAGGUUAUUCAACUAACCGAGGGUAGUCAUUAUACUCCCGUUAAGGAUAUUCAGAUCGGUGGCAUUGUCAUGGUUAAGUACAUGCAGACGGAUAAGGAGGAGGAACUUGUCGAGCCUGUCGCCGCUUUCGGACCGAAGCCGGAAGAAGAAAAGGAAGCCGAACCACCCGAGCCCUUCGAGUAUACUGAAGAUUAAAGGCCGGAAACACGUGUCACUCUGUUCCGUCAUCCUGUCGUCCGUCAUUGCGAUAUACUCGUUGUUUUUUUUCGUUAAUAUCUUCUUUGCCUCUUUUUUAUAUUCAUUGCGGUUUUCUUUCGCAUAUCUAUUUAAUCAGCGGAAUACUCUGCGAGCUGCAAUAAAGCCGUUGCGUCAGAGCUA